AUGUCAGAGAAGGCUUCUGAAGAGAGACCCAUACGGCUGGCCGUUCUGGGGGGCACUUCUACCGGAAAGACCUCCCUGGUAUCUAGGCUUACUGUUAAUAUCGUCCACGAGGUUCAUUAUCCAACAAGAAACCAAACUAACUGGCUUUUCGGCUUUGUUCCGUCAUCGAUCCUGGCCAGAGCUAUAUUAGACGAACAAGCUCACGAAAGACUUUGCCUUCGUUCCCCAAGCAGCCAAACCUUAGAGCCUAUCUUCCCUUCACCUCAGGUCUCCAAAAAUGUACUGCUGUCGCCAUUGGUGUUUCAAGCUUCCACUGAUAAUUUUCAAUCAGUGAGGUUACACAACAAAAGCCACUCCAGGAGAUCCCUAUCUUUGGAUAAAUCUGAUUCUCCGCUGUAUCAAACUUUUUCCAAUGACAUUAACUCUCAAAGUGUUCCUAAAAUCAAGGCAGACCAGCUUAACGUUAUCGAGCAUUUUAAAUUGCCCCUGAAUUACAUUCCACCCACUUAUGCACCAAUCCAGAUUGAUAUUAUUGAUACGCCUGGCUUCAGUCCUGAUAAUGUGGUGCCGUUCUUAGAAGUUUCUCUCUUCCGAAAUUUAGGAAAAUCAAUCCUACAUGGACUAGCAGAUGAACCAAGACGACCUGUAUCUACUACUUCACUAUUGGUUGCCUCUGGUGCCUCUGAGUUGAAUGGUAAAGUUGACGGUUAUAUCUUGGUGUAUAGCGCAGUCCCUGAAUUAAACCAUAUUGGAGGCCCUCCGGAAUAUGGAGAUGAUGUGAUGAACACAGAUACGGAAAACGUCAGCGAUGGUGGAUUUGAACUUUUAAAAGUGAUUAGAAACUGCAUACUAGAUGCUUGGACUGAAUUUCGAAAUUAUGAAAAAAGAUGGGAGGAAGGCAAAGAGGAUGAUAUUUACUCAUUGGUUUACAGCCUGAGACAUCUAUGGAGUAAAAAUAGCAAAGAGAAAAGCGCCAAAAUAGAGCAAUUGAGAUCCUAUAAUACCAAACUAAAAUCCAUCGAGUUAGACCCCUCAUCUCCCGAUUCACCACCACCAUGCAUUAUCGUCUGUUCUCACGUUAAUCAUGAACUCGCAAGCCCAAUGUUGAUUGAAAUGGGAAGACAACUAGCAACAAAAUGGAAAUAUGGAUUUGUUGGAAUAGACAGCAUGGAUGAUUUAAAUGUCGAUGUGGCGGUUAGCUUACUAAUAAAGGAAAUAUCAGAAAAGAUGAAGCUACUGGUUUCUAAUUCCAAUGGAAGUAGUAGUAGUGGUAAUUCAAGUUCAAUUUACAACUCUCAUUUAAUGAAUGACAAGAAGAAAAACAACAAUGCCGGCUUAAACAAAAAUAUGUUGAAGAAAAUUAUAAAAUAA